GUAAGAAACAGAUUAUUUCAGAUUUCAAUGGGAAUACAAAGGUGCAAUUUUUUAGUUUACAUUAUUUAUGAGCAGUCAAAAUGCUUGCACUGAAGCUCAGUCGCCAUAUACUCCUCCUUCUCCUGAUCCUCCUGCAAACAGGACAAAGUUUUGCCAUUGUUUGCUAUCACUGCGAUUCCAUUGCCCUGCCUGAAUGUUCGCAGACCCUUGGAGAGGUGGGAGUACUUCCCUACCUGGAUUGUCCGACGGAGCUGACGUGUGCCAUGUCCAUUGUGGACACCAUCACAUAUCGCGGCUGCGGAGCUGAAACCCCAAUCACCGGAGCAACUUACUCAAAGAGUUGCUCCUCGAACUUGUGUAAUGCCGGUGUCUAUCCCCCUGGACGGCUCAAGUGCCAUCACUGCGCUGGACAGGAUUGCGUGGCAGCUCCAGGGGCAAAACCAAAACCCUGUCGCUAUCAUCUGGAAGAGGAUCAGUGCUACACGGAUGUUAUAAGUUCAACCGAAGCUUACAGGGGUUGUGUCUCCGAGCAGAAUCACACGCUGUCCAGUGCCGCCAAACUGUGUGAAAUCAAUGGCUGCAAUGAGGAUCAGGGAGCUUGGAUACAAACCUGCGCCAAGUGCGAUUCUGCAGACGGCAGGGGCUGUAAGAUGGAUCUCUUCCAGGUGAACACGGCCAGGUGUAAUGUGAGCCUGUACGAGGAGUGUCAGCAGCAGGUUCUGUUGGGUGAACCGGAGGAUAAGUACUGCUUUAGCUUUCGGAAACUAAGUCGCGUGGUUAGAGGCUGCUCUACGAUAAUGCCUGCAGAUCUAGUACCCUAUGAGGAGGAACUGGAGAAGUGUAGAGCUGGAGACAAUUGCAAUGCCGGCUGCAUUACUCGGCAGAAGUGUUUGACCUGUAACUCUGUGGAUCAGGAACUUUGCAGGACGAAUGUGACCGCUAUAAGUAACAGCACUUGCGGCUCCGCUGAGGCUUCCUCCUGCUUCACCUGUGAGUACUCCAACUGGAGUAUCCAAAGAGGAUGUGGUGCAGCACCAACAAACCCAGGAAUCCUCAACUGCUACGAAUGCGAUGAAGAAGAUGGCUGUAAUCGUAAGGAUUUCACACGCUGCUACCAAUGCAGCACGGGUCAAGCGGGAGCAGGCUGUGCAAAUUGGGAGAGGCCAGGGGAAAUAUACAUCGAGGAAUGUGUUGAGCCAGGAACAUCUUGUCUUGUUGUUUCCUAUAGAAACGGUACGACUUCGAGGGGUUGUGAAAAAGCGAACUUCAACUGCAAUUCAGAAAAUGCGGCCAACUGCCGUUCCUGCCAAGGAAGCUUCUGCAACAAAGGAGCCUUUCCGGACGAGCGUCUCUGGUGCCACCAGUGUAAAGGAGUGCAGGAAUGUGAGGAGAUCCCCAGGGGACAAACUGCUCUACCUUGUCCUGUUCCAGCCAACGAACCAGAUAAUCAAAAAUUGGCCUGUUUGGAGUACUUCGACACCCACAGCCAGCAAAUUGUAAGAGGAUGUCGUUCCAAUCCGGAGCUGUACUAUGAAUGCCUUUUGAGGAGCAACCACCAUGAUAGUUGCCGCAUCUGUCACAGUCAAGCCUGCAAUAAUAGUCCUGGAAAGGAGUUGAGAGCAACAUAUGAGCUAGAGGCCAAAGCAAUGGCAUUGCUACAGGCCAGAAGUUCAGCAAACUCCUUUAAAGACUCGAAAGUGGGUUGCGGGUUUUGGUUGAUCCUAAGCGUUAUUUAUAUGUUAACUUUCUGAGGCUACAAGAAACAUGAAUACUUGUCACAAGAUUCAUUACAAUCCUCCAAUGAUAUCCAAGUGG